AUGCCUUACGUAACGAGUACUGGCGAACUGGUAGAGUCAGAGCCAUGGAGUCUUAGAUACGUAGUACGUGUAAUUGGAGAAGCUGUAAACGUCAUCUCCUUAUUCUUUACCUCAAUGAUGCCUUUUGAUGUGGGUGAUUCUAGGAGAAAUUCCAAUCAAAGGCGUCCAUCUGGUCGAAAUACCUCGAAUGUUGGCAGACCUAGGCGACUUGGUAAAUCAUUAGACAUUUUUUGUCUCUCUUACGCUAUUAACUUUACGAAGAGCUCAGAUUAA